AUGAAGAGUCCAAUUACUGCUGUCCCUUCCGUGGGGAAUUUUCUUGUGGUGUCAAAUAUCUUGAGACCGGGAAGAAACGAAAUCUGCAUCCAGCAGCUCGAACAGCAAGACGAAUCCAACACACAGACUCAACCAGCAUACAACUCGAAUAUUGAGUUCCAGAAUGACGAAUCUGUAUCUAACUUCAAAUGGAUAAGGCAAGAAAACGAACCAGCUUCUGCAGCUGCAUCUGCUGCGUCUACAAGGAAAAGAAGAAACUCAGAUUCAUGCUCAGUACCAGGAAACACAGAAAGGUUCACCGACUACUUGGUGGUCCUUCUUGCAACUGGAGAGAUCCUCAUAUACUCCACUUUCACCAAGGAAUUUGUAAACAAGAUUUCUACGGAGACUCCAUUUUCAGCAAUCGAAGUGAUUAAUAAGCUGGGACACUCGAAGAAGGCAUUGUACAAUUACGACUACGAUCUUAUUGCGUUUGACGCAACCUCCUCAUCUCUUAAAUACUUUUCUUCGAAUUCUCCUCAGUUGGUGAACUCAGUACAGUUCAAGCAUGACAAUGCCAUCUCGUGCAUUCUUUUCAAUACUUCUAUCCUUGACCCUAAGUCUACUUCCAACGUUGAACUCAUCUUGGCCUCAAAGUCGGCAUUAUAUUUACUAGAUCAAAGUCAUGAGGUUGUGAAGAUCAUAGAUAUAACACUCGAUGCUUCAAAUACUGCAUCACCUACUCUUGCUUCGUCACCAGCCAAGGGGAAGGCCUCUAAACCCAAAUCCAAGUCUAAAACAGCUAAUAAUAAUACCAGUGAGUUGGUAGAGCCUUCUUCGUCUUUGUUCUCAUCGUCCCCAGUCAUGAAGAUGAUGAAAAACGGGACUUUUUUAUAUAUUGUUCGGGUAGACAGCCCAACUAUUCAAAUCGUUGAUAUUGAUGCAAAGGAAACCAAUUCUUUUAGGUCUAUAACGGCAUCAAACAAUAUUACCGACGUGUCUUUGCUCAAUAUAAACAAAUCAGUGUUACUCUCAGCAACUUUGGUUGACGGAUCCAUUGAACUGUUUCAUGAUAAAGGUGAAUCCAGCUUUGCUAAAUUGGAAAUAGAAGGAGGGAGUGAUGUUGGCAGAUUCGUCGGUUUGCUGAACUCGAGUAAUGUCAUCGAUGGAGUUUACAAAGGAAUUUGGUACGACAAUUUCAACGUCCAAAUUACCGAUUUUGAAUUUGAAAACAUCUCAAAGCUCAGCGGUACAAUUACAAUUAGUGUCACUGAAUUGGCUGAGCCAACUGAUGAAAUCAUAGAUUUGGGAGAAGACGAAGAAGACGAUACGGAUGAUGUAAAAGCCAAAGCUAGUAGUGAUGACAAUGCUAAUGAAGCACAGCAAGAAAAUGUUGAAGCUUUGGCUAGAAAUGACGACGCAGAAGUAACUAUGGAGGAGAAGGUGAAAGACUACAAAUGUGGAGAAUUGACACAGAUAACAGAAUUAAUAAAGCCAAGGCUGGUGCAUAAGAAGCACGACGAUGUUUACGACAAGGAGUUGGCCCAGAUUCUAUCACAGAAUACCGACUAUGCCAAGUCUGUAGUUUACUUGCUCUCGGCACAAGACUCCACGGUUAUGUUUUCAAAGAUAGCGUUCAUCAUCUCCCAAUACCAACACCAGCCGUUGAACCAGGGAUUUGACUUUGUCCGCAGCAUAAAAGAGUGGUUGAAGUGGCUUCUAGUUUUGCGGGGUUCUGUGUUAGCAGAGGAUGACGAAUCUGUCGGAUGGUUGAGACUCUUACAGUCCGAUUUCAAGCAGGAAGCAAGGUCGUUGAAUGGGAUGAUUAAGUUGACCGGUAAGUUGAGCCUGUUGAAAGACCAACUCACGGUGCGUAAGGAAAUGAUGAGAAGAAAGGCCGACGGAGACGAAGAAGAGGAAGCUGUCGACACGGAUGCCAUUGAUGAGACUACUUUUGCUGAAGACGCCACCAGCAGCGUUGUGCUCGACGGGGAGGGCGGCUUUGAAGAUGAAGAGGAAGAAGACAAUGACAAUGAGGAAGAAAAUAACGGAGAGUGA